AUGGCAGACCAAUUGGUGGAUACGCUCAAGGCGACUGUCGACAAGCUCGAGAAGCGAAUCGAAGACCUGGAGUCGCGGUUACAGGGCAACUCCUCUUCGUCCGGCGGUCAUGCUAGCAGCGAUAGCAUGAGAAUGAUCUUGAUCGGUCCACCAGGAGCUGGUAAGGGCACACAGGCACCAAAGAUCAAGGAGAAGUAUGGCUGCUGCCAUCUCGCGACUGGUGACAUGCUGCGCGCGCAAGUCGCAGCGAAGACCGAGCUCGGCAAGGAAGCCAAGAAGAUCAUGGAUGAGGGCAAGCUGGUUUCCGACGAGAUCAUGAUUGGCAUGAUUAAGAGCGAGCUAGACAACAACAAGGAGUGCAAACACGGCUUCAUUCUGGACGGCUUUCCACGAACUGUCCCACAAGCCGAGAAGCUCGACGAUAUGCUCAACGCAAAGCAGCAGGCGCUUAAGCACGCCAUUGAACUUCAGAUCGACGACGGCCUGCUCGUUGCACGCAUCACAGGUCGCCUUGUUCACCCCGCGUCCGGUCGCUCAUACCACAAGAUCUUCAACCCACCGAAGAAGGACAUGACAGAUGAUGUGACCGGCGAGCCGCUCAUCCAGCGAUCCGACGACAAUGAGGGUGCCUUGAAGAAGCGUCUGAGCACAUACCACUCCCAAACCGCACCUGUGACAGACUACUACCGCAAGAACGGUAUCUGGAAGAAGAUUGAUGCCAGCCAGAAGCCGGGUGAUGUGUGGAAGAACAUGCUGCAGAUCUUCGAGGAGAGCGGCAGCUCCAGCGGCAGCUUGCUCAGCAGGAUUGGGCUGUCCAAGUGA